CUAUGAUUCAACCUAUAUCCAUCACGUUUCGCGAAGUAAAUAGGCAUAUUAACCAGUCUCUGCAGAUUUUGAACCCGCCCUAAUGGACGACGUUGUGACCCAGCCAAUGCAUUGUCCCCUCUUGUCUAAAUAGAACGAGAAGAAAAAGAAUUCAUCAUAGAUUGUCCAAAAAGGAACUGGAAUGAAGAAGCUAGAGUUUCCUUGGGAGGCACAUUCCACAAUACAGGAUGGGGUGUUAUCGCACGAUAACAUAUCUUACAUAUCGCUGGAGGAUGCGGUAACAUCAAUGAAACAAGCGACUCCUGAUAAAGCAUAGAGAUAAGUAAAUUGCUUAAUUCGUCUGUGUUUAGAGUGACGUUUUGCUAGCUAUCAGCAUCAUGUCGAAGAAAAUGAUUUUCCUCCACAUUAUAUUAUUUGUAGGUCAGGGGAACAGUGGUUAUUGAGAUCAAUCAAAGCACCUGCCAUGAGCUAGAAAUCUAAUUUGACUUUUGAUGGUGGUGCCUCCUAUCAACAUCCACGAGAUGGAGUAGUUGCAAUUUCAAAGGACCAAUGUUAUCCCGCAUUUGCGGGAUUCUUUCUCUGCAUUUGCAGCCCUCUCUCUUGGGACACUCUAAUCUGAGAGCCAUCUUGUACACCGUCCUUCUCAACCUAGGCCCUGAUAAUAACCUCAAAAAUUCAUGGCACAGUUGUGGAUACUAUGGAAGGUACCACUAAUGAUUUUAUAGGAGGUACUCAAUUCAAGUGACUGCGGUUUAAUGGCUCAGUGCAGGUGGGGUGUAUGAUAUAAGAUUUAAUUAACAUGCAAACAACUGAGACCCUGUAAAGCCCAGUGGGAGGAUUUGCUUAAAUAUAGGUCUGAUGGUCAUUUGAGCAAAGGAGGACGAGCUGGUCGGAGUGCUAGUUGCUUACUGGACAGUUCUCACAUGGGCUUUCAACAUCGUCACUGACCAUGGCCUUUCAACAUAGCUCGAUGGAAGUCACUGACCCUUCUGACGAAUUUUUUUCAAGACUGGGUUGGUAUGCGAUGGAUGGUCCACUGGCUGCAGGGCCUAUGAACACCAGUCCAGGCCAUCACUGCAUGCCAUCAGUGCCUCUCACAGCUACUGCUGUCAAGUCUUCGAUUCCUAUCAAGCAAAGCCUCGGGCCAAAGUUCUCUGGACAGGAGGACCAGGAUAUAUCAUGUAUGUCCAAAAAGGAGCGUCGGAAACGUCGCGUCAAGCCGGUUGGCAUAGAAACCGGUGACCUCAUGUGUGGUGUAUGUGGGGACAAGGCCCAUGGGUACAACUUCAAUGCAAUCACGUGCGAAUCAUGCAAGGCAUUCUUUCGAAGGAAUGCCGCACGAUUGGAGAAGAAUCACCCCGAUGUCAUGGCACAGGUAAUAAAAUGUAACUUUGAUGGCAACUGUAAGUUGGACCCCCAUACACGCCGCUUCUGUACCGAAUGCCGCUUGAAGAAAUGCUUUGACAUCGGCAUGCGGAAGGAAUGGAUUUUAAGUGAUGAGCAGCUCCAGAAAAGACGCGAGAGAUCGUUACUCAAAAAGGAUCGCGUAAAAUACGAUACAAAAUUAGGUCCAAUGGCGCCGACGUUAGGCCCGGUGCCGAUGAAUGUGACGCCGUGCGGGAACACGAGUACAGGAAGUGGGGGAAGUGGCAGCACAAGCAGUACACCGAGUGAAACGAGUAGCGGGCCUUCACCACAGAUAUUACAAAUCCCCAGCCCUGAUGGAAGUUUUAAUUCUAAUUCGUCCGGUGUGUUGGUCAAAUCUGAGCCCGAGUCGCCACCGUCUACGUCCGGUUCAUCACAAGAAUCUCCAUCAUCGUCUUCGGUUCAGUGGGACACUAAUCUAGAGGAGGCCCAGCGCAAUAUCGCCACUUUAGAAGCGAUGCUUACACAGACUGUAGAUUCACCGUACUCUGAGGCGGACUGCUCAAAAUUCAUGCCGUCGUCGGCAAGUGGCAUGUUCAACAUGGCUGACACAUUCAUACGGCGGUUUAUAAAAUUCUGCAAGUGUAUGCCAGAGUUCUCUGGCUUGACGCAGGCGGACCAGAUAGCACUCUUGAAGGGUGGAAUAAUGGAGGUGAUGAUCUUACGUGGUGCCCUGAAAUUCGACAUGGUGGCGCUGUCGUUUAAGUUCAGUCAGGCACAAGGCUCUGAAGUCGCGGCAGGACAAAUCAACUCGAAACUUAUAGAAAAAAAUUUAGGCAAAGCGGACAGCCCUGCUGGCCAAUACAACGGUGAUGCUGUACAGUUCUUUAUGUCUCUCAAUGAACUCGUCGGUGGCGACAAAACCGCCAUCUUACUUCUGCUUGUCAUUGAGUUGUUCUCCCCGGACCGGGCGAACUUAGAAGGCAAGAUAAAAGUGGAGGCUGCACAGGAACAAUAUUCAUAUCUGCUUCAACUUCAUAUCCAAUCAAAGUACCCACCUGAAGAGGCGCGCAUCCUCUACCCAAAGUUACUCAUGAAGUUGGUGGAGGUGCGCGAGUUAGGUGAGCUGUCGUCGAAGGCCGCGUCUCGGCUAGACAUACAGAGUGUGGAGCCGCUAUUGGUGGAGGUAUUUAGUUUACAGUGAUGAAGGUUUCAAUAGAUUCUAUUUUAAACGGGAAUAUUUGCCAAAAGUUUCAGAUGAUUUUCCUAAUGGGUUCAUUGUCAAAUGUUAUAAUUUGAAAACCUUUUUCAUUGGCUUCUUGUCGACGUAUCUUCGACAUUUUUGGCAAAAUAUUAUCAGGAUAUAUGAAAUAAUGUGUACAGUUUGUGUAUAUUCAGUUUGAGCAUUCGCUUCAGAGGCCUAAGAUGGUUUGAUACCAAUGUAAUAAAACCGUUGAUUCAUUUAGUGUGAAGAUAUUCGGGGGAGGGUUACAAAUGAAUUUCAUAAAUUUCCUUCUUAAAAAUUGGAUGAAGUAACAGUUGACAGCUGUGUCAAAAACUGACAAGCUACAAAUACCACAGCUUUGCUGCUUCUUGAUGGCGUACAUCAUUUGAGAGUUUGAUGUUGAUAUUUCCUCAAACAUCCUCAAAGCUGUCAGAAUGGUUGUGUGUUUGCUGCUGGUGUAAUAAUGCUUUGAUGGCCGUUUAGUUCCACAGAUUCUAGCUUAUCUACCUUAUUGGCAACGUAUAACAAUUCAUUUCUUGAUGCUGGAGCAUGAUUUUACCCGCAGAUGAGAGAUUCUUUUGUCGCACAUUUCAGUGAUUAUAAUCGCAGGUCGUAGGUCGCUGCAAGCUGAAGUGCUUGUCUGCGCCUACUUUAGCUCUUUGGCCUGAUACAAACACCUCAUGGCCUUAAUAAGCAGAAUUGAAAGGUCAUCUUUUUGACACAUUGUCUCUUAGAUGUAAAUCUGGUCUCAACUUCAAGCGAGGAACCAAGAGUGAAGAACGAGCAUGUUUGAGGUAUUGUUAUUUCACACAAAGGGAAAUGACGGUUGGUACUGAACUCCAUGUUAUGUAAUACUAGCUUAUAAAGGUGGUAUGAUAACAAUUCUUGCCGAUGAUUAUUUCUAUCCCUGUGAAACUACAAAAUGUAAGUUUAUGAGAAAAGUAGCUGUGAUAAUGUGUCAUAGUAUUAUUGGUCAAAGGAUUCAUGUGCAGUUCGUCAUCUGUGUUCGUAAUCGUGUUAGAAAGAGCUUUGUUGGAUUCCAUAAAUCAACAUGGGUCUGUUGUCCUUGGAUAAGUUUUGGUAAGGGCGACACCUUAUGGUUUGGUAUAUUUCCUGUGAGUUACAUCAAGAUUAGGCGUAAACUGCUGUUCACCAUAAACAACUGAUAUCAUCUUGAUGGGGACUUAAUUUCCUUGGUGAGAGGAUGCGUCUGAUCAGUAUUUAUUUUGUGUAUCCCGGUUGUUGUGGCAGAGAUUGCUGCUGAGUGAAAUCUUCCAUGAAAUGAGGCGGCGAUUCAGGUUUGUUGGGGUGAUACAGAGUGUGGAGUCAUUACAGUAUGCAAGGUGGCAGUGCUGUAAUCAUUAGUUUGUCCAGAAGUUUAUGUGAAGUCAUCUGAUGAUAUAAGUGAAUGUGCUAUAAAAACUCCUAUAAGAUAGGCUACUGGCUGAUAAUGAUAGUGCUGACAAACUAAAUACACCACUGCCACGACGGAGCGACCUGACAAUUCACCGCCAUUUCUCAAUUGUUCAGUCGGGUUAGCUUUACACCAGUCUGAUGUUCAAUAAGGUAUCAUGAAUUGAUUUGAGUAGAACUGGAAGAAUUUGGUCUGCAGCUACUGAGAGGAAUGUGUACAGAUGUUUGCCACGAUGUGCUCAACCUGUAAAUUACUAUAGAAUGUACUAAAGAUGCGUUGUUAUAUAAUGAUAUUGUAGUACUUUACUUUUUGAAAGAUUUCUACUUUCAUGCCAAAGAAUUCCUGGUUGUCAAGUGAAACAGACUUCAAAAUCACCCUUCUGAUGUUUUUGGUGUGCCUUCAAGAAAUAUAACAGAUUUGGAUUAUGUUGGUGUGAAUUCAGUUGAAAACUCUGAUCUGGAAGGGUUAGUGCAGCCAUCUGGUGUAAGAAUGGUGAACUGAUUGUCAAUUAGAACAUCUACCGCCAACCAACCUCACCGCCAGGAAACAAUGCACGACACUGGUUAACAACAUUCUCUAAUAGGUAACAGGAUGUGUGGGACUACAAUUGUGCAAGCACUGUGCAAUGUUUUUGGACAUCAAAUGUUAGAAUUUAUUUCAUAUAUGUGAGGUUUCUGAUCUUAGUGCCAUAAGAAUUUUUAAGAUUGAAAUUUUUAUUUACAAGAAUAGAUUCCUUUAUAAUAUUUGAUUAUAGUUGAUUGAAAUGGGUCAUGGGUCAUGGGUCAGCUUCCACCCUGAACAACAUUCAUCCAUUGGAAAGGCAGGUUCAUGGCUUAAAUGCUUCAUUCGUUGAUUGGAAUGAAGGCCCUGAAGCUGCCUAAUCAGGAGAUGAGUUCUGUUAUAGCAGACUUGAAGCUGGUUUAACCUACAAUAUUUAUUGACUUUUCAUUUUCAGAUGUGUGUGGGAUACUCGUAUAGAUUUAACAACUAGAUAUUUUAGAAAAUAUUGUAUAAUAGAAGAAAAGUGAGCUGAAUUUAUGAAAAUGGACUGCAAUGUAUGUGUGAGGGAUGUAGAGUAGAACAGACUGGUACUCAUGCCAAAAUGUCACCUUCAUUACAACCCCCUUAAGCUUUUCCUAUACUAAUUGUUUGUCAGUCAUUCAAGUCUAGCAAAAAAGGCAGCCUCCAUUUGAAAAACUGUCAGUUUCAAGAAAUGAAUGUUUUCUUUCCAAAACCAAUGCUCAGUCUGUAAGGCCUGCGCAUUCUUAAAGAAGCUUUGAAAUUUGUAAUGAAUAUUCAUGUAAAGAUACCCGGCCAUUUGAUUGGCUGGUGAUUUAGAUCGCUUCAAAUGAGAGGCUAGUUACCUGAAUAUGAAUGUGUAUAUCCAAAACCAGUUAUUGUUGUCCGAUUAUAGACUCAGAGUGACUGCUACUCUAGCUGUUUCUUAACUUAUCCAUCCACUUAUUUCUCUUCAUCUCUUGAAUACCUCUUCAAUUCAGUCUCAGGGAAAGUCAGCCAGUUCAGUCAGGUUUUGUUGAGCGCUGCAUUGUAAAAUAGGACCAAUAGUUGGUGUUUCCACCAAUUCGUUCCCCACACUUUUUGUGCUACCGUCAUUCGAUAGCUGCGUCAGUUAUGACCCUGAGACACCUUACACCACCUUGCCGAGAUAUCCUCAUCUGCCGUGGCACCCCUCAUUGUGUCUCACUCCUUUUGUUAUUGGUGUUACUACUCUAUAAGGGUACAAACAACCUGCAAGGUUACCGAAAUGGUGGAAAUGCAACUAUAGUUUGGCCUCAGUAAAGGUAUUGGUUUCAAAUGCAGAUGAUAGUACUGGUUUCGUUCUGGUCGGGCUAAUGACUGUAAACCAAAGUCUGGCAGCUUCUAUCGUAGCUCGACUUCGUUAGGAAAACACUGUGCCUGUUUUAGUACAGGACCCUGAGAGAUCAAUGUAAGGUCAGGUUGGAGGUCAAGGCAUGUAAGGGCCUGGACCCUGAGAGAUCAAUGUAAGGUCAGGUUGGAGGUCAAGGCAUGUAAGGGCCUGGACCCUGAGAGAUCAAUGUAAGGUCAGGUUGGAGGUUGGAGGCCAAGGCAUGUAAGGGCCUGCCUUGGCCUCUUAGUACAGCACUCAAGAAGCAGGCAUGGUGUUUUCCAAUUGUCCAUUGUCUUUUGUAAUCUUUUAUUCUCCAGGCAGCCUGUAUUUUAAACUUCGAUCUAUCAAGGAAAUAUUACCAAUAAAUGGUAAACAAAUCUACUAAAGGACUGAGUUAAUGUUUUACAGAGAGGGCAAAAGAAAAAACAUCAUUUGAUAGGCUGACACUAAUGUUUCAUAUUGGGUUGUUGGCCCCUUUUAGAUGAGUAUGACCUUACUGUAUUGUCGUCAUACAGCGGCCAAGAGGUUUUACCAUGCUCUUUUUCAAAAUGAUUUCAAUGUGUACAUACAUUCGUUAAUGAAAUGAUAUUUUAUGAAGAAAAAAAUGAGAGUUUAACCCCAUGUUGCACUUUUUCUCAAUGCCCCCUGGUGGGAACACACGUACCACACACUCAUUUCACUCAUUUAUUAUGCUAAUUGUAAGCUUUCACUAAUCAUUAACUAGAAGUGUAAACAUCGUCUUGAGGCAGUUUCAUAUAGGGAUUUUGUGCGUUUGCUGGCCUCAUGCAUCACUUCAUUCUAUGAUGGUGUGCAGAGGAGAACUCAAUACAUCCUCAAUUCAGAAAUCAUAGGAUUGGAUAUCAAUGUGAGUUUCUAUGAAACAUGUUCCAGUGUGUAAUGUCGCAUGGGCAAGCACAGUUUCUCCUGGGCAGAUCUGUAGACAUUUUUGUAAGACUGAAGAGUGUGUAGCCAAUUGGAGGCUGUUUGCUCUGAGGGCCGCUCUGACGUAAUGAUGGCAAGUUGACUGUAGUGUACUGAGAGACUAACCACAGCCAGACUAUUUUGUAACUCGUGUGGAAAAUAGUUCUCGUAUCAAGCCCAAAAUGCAUUAGUUCACACCAACUAUGAUGAAUGAUUCAGAUUCGAUUAGAAAUGGCGAUCUUCUGUUCUGGCUGAGUUCUUAAUGUACUUUCUGUAUACACAUGUUAAUGUAGCUCUGUCAGUUCAUUCAUUUAUAAAUAAUAAACAACGCGUUUCUGUUA